AGCCGAUUCAUCAUCUGACAACACUGCACCACCCACAAGGAAAACAAAAGAAAAGUCGCAGCCUGCGCUCUUUUAUCGCAGCGUUUUAUUAUCUAAUGCCGCGAUAAAGCCACCAAGAAGCGAAUCGCGACGCCGAAAUGCCUGGCUGCUGCGGAUGCUGUUCGGCGCUCAGGCCGCGCUACAAGCGCCUGGUGGAUAAUAUCUUUCCUGUGAACCCGGAAGACGGGCUGGUCAAGUCGAACAUGGAGAAGCUGACCUUCUACUCGCUGAGCUCACCGGACAAACUGGACCGCAUUGGCGAGUACCUCUACCAGAAGGCCACGAAGGACAUUAACAGGAAGCGCUACAAGCUGGCUGAGAUUGCCAUGGAGGCCAUGGAUCUGCUGCUACAGGCAUGUCACGCCCAGACCACGCUCAAUCUGUUUGUGGAGUCUUUCUUGCGCAUGGUGCAGAAGCUGCUGGAAGACUCGAACCCCAACCUCAAGAUAAUGGCCACCAAUUCGUUUGUAAAAUUUGCAAACAUUAAUGAGGACACUCCAUCCUACCAUCGACGGUACGACUUCUUCAUCUCGAAGUUCUCCUCGAUGUGUCACAGCGAUGCGGCCAGCAUGCGGGACAGUCUGCGCUUGGCCGGCAUCAAGGGCUUGCAGGGCGUCAUUCGAAAAACAGUGUCAGACGAUUUGGUGGAGAAUAUCUGGGAGGCGGAGCACAUGGAGAAGAUUGUGCCCUCGCUGCUGUUCAACAUGCAGUUUUGUGUAAACGUUAUGUUCGUGAAGAAAAAUUUACUGGCGUCCGGCGACCUUACGCCCGUGGAGGAUGCCACCAAUGUGACGCCGCCAGCGUUGGCCGAGGAAGUGCUGCGGGAACUGGUGGGUCGUGCCUCCUUUGGACACAUUCGCAGUGUGCUCAAGCCGCUGCUGACCCACCUGGACCGACAUGAGCUGUGGGUGCCGAACACCUUUGCGAUUCACACGUUCCGCAUCGUGAUGAUCUCCAUACAGCCACAGUACUCGUACACCGUGGUAGAGACCCUCAUGCAGCAUCUGGACAGCAACUUCAAGUCCUCGCCGAAGACGCGCACCUCGCUGGCUGUCGUUUUGUCGAAGAUCAUCGCAAUUGCAGCCGGCGAGAGUGUCGGGCCCUCGGCUCUGGACAUUAUCAACAAUCUGCUGACCCAUUUGCGAACGAGUGUGAGCACUACCACCGAAAUUACGCCCGAGGAGUCCCAGUACCAGGAAGCGCUGAUCAACGCGCUGGGCGAGUUCGCCAACCAUCACCCCGACUACCAGAAAAUCGAGAUCAUGCUGUUCAUUAUGAACACGGUGCCGGACCUGUCCAAGAAGAGCAAGGGCGACCAGAUGCUGCAGAACAUUCUGCUCAAGUCGCUGCUCAAAGUGGGCACCCAAUACAGCACCGUCUCCUUUGAGAAGGCAUUCCCCGCCUCCUUCUUGCAGCCACUGCUGAAAAUGGCGCGAGCCCCACACGAUCCCACUCGCAUGGUUGUGAUGCAGAUCUUGCAGGCACUGCUCGAUCGCCACCAAAACGAGCAGGUGCUCAGCAGCGUUAGUGUAAAGCCAUACCCGGCACUCUCCCAGGAGCCACCUUCCCGUUCCGACAUCAUCUUUACGCACAAGUAUGGGGCAAACAUGAUGCAGGCGUUGAUCGACUCCAUGGCGCUGUCAGAUCGCGUUGAUGCCCUGUCCUCCAGCUUCAACACCGCCGCCCUGCUCAUCGUCGAGAUGUCGUGCAACGAGACCGUGCAGGAGUUCCUUCUGUUUAUCCUGGGCAUUCAACAAGUGGCAAACACUGCUGAGAACCUUGGAACUGUGCACAAGUGCAGUCUGCACGCCAUUUCCAUUGGCCUCCUGGUGCUAAUUUCGCGGGUGAGCGGCAUUAAUAAUCUGCUGGAAUAUGCCCAAAAGAUUGUGGAUGCCCGACGGGAGGAGGCCACCCACUAUCUACCACCGCUACUUGAGCCCAAGAAGAUGUCCGGAAAGACGUUGAAUCUGGCGCUGCCUCACCUCGCCAUAGACAAAUUGGCUCUGGUGGAGUGUCUACAGAAUGCGGGCAUGGAUGUCCAGCGAUUAAACACGGGCGCUCCGUAUACACUCAACCAGACAGACCACCCCGGUCAUCGCCACUCGUGGGUGGAGUCAGUGAGCAACCAGCUGACGCAGCGAAACAGCUCUGCGGAUCUGACCGUCUACAACGGCGACGUGGACAGCGUGAGCAGCUCGCCGGGCGUGUGCAAGCUGCUGCUGGCGCCGGAGUUCAAUUUCGAUGCGAUGAAACGAGCUCUCGCCGAGCCAACUGAGGCUGCCAAGCGGGAGCAACGCGAACGCCAGAUGCAGAUUGUUCGCACCUUCCGCGAAGGCGAGUUCGACGAUCUGAUGAGACGCACAGAACCCAAGCACGAUCUUAUCCAGAACCGUCUGAACGAGCUAUUUAACUCGCUAGCCGUGGAGCGUCAGAUCACGCAGAGCGACAACAAGGCCGCUCAGUUGCAAGCUAGCAAUGAGAAACCCAUCUACGAGACGAACUUCCCCGAACUCUUUUACUACUGAACCGUAUUCCUCGAUCCGGAAACCCAAUCCGUCGAGUAUUGUCUACUCAAUUCACGUAUAUCGAUAGCCCUAAAUGCGAAUUUGUUUGGUGUCUGUAAGGAACUAGUUAAAUUUAAUUAAAUUUUCCGUUGUUAAAUGCAAACAAUUCAAUUGUUAAACCACCCUGGAUAUGUACUUUGAAUUAAUUGUUAUACAAAUAUAAACAUAUGUAUACAAAUA